CUUCGGCGUCUACGGGUGAUGUGCAUCGGGUGAAGAUUCUGUUCAACAAGAAGGAGAACGCACUGGUACAGAUGGCGGAUGGCAGCCAGGCCCAGCUGGCCAUGAGCCACCUGAAUGGGCACAAGCUGCAUGGGAAGGUGCGCAUCACUCUGUCAAAGCACCAGAGUGUGCAGCUGCCUCGCGAGGGCCAGGAGGACCAGGGCCUGACCAAGGACUACGGGAGCUCGCCGCUGCAUCGCUUCAAGAAGCCGGGCUCCAAGAACUUCCAGAACAUCUUCCCGCCCUCGGCCACUCUCCACCUUUCUAAUAUCCCGCCCUCGGUGUCAGAGGACGACCUCAAGAGCUUCUUCUCCAGCAAUGGUGGUGUGGUCAAAGGCUUCAAGUUCUUCCAGAAGGACCGCAAGAUGGCCCUGAUCCAGAUGGGCUCUGUGGAGGAGGCGGUGCAGGCGCUGAUUGAGCUGCACAACCAUGACCUGGGCGAGAACCACCACCUGCAUGUGUCCUUCUCAAAGUCUACUAUCUAGAUGCCCGAGGGCUGGCGACAGCUUCCACCAUUCCAGAAAAAAAGCCACUUUAAGAAGCAGCUGAAGUGACCUUACAGACCAGAGAUUUUAUUUUUUUAAAGAGAGAUCAGUUUACCUGUUUUUAAAAAAAUUAAAUCUAGUCCACCUUGGUGUGGCAGGAAAUGGCUUGGGCCACAGAGGCUCAGUCAGGCCCAGCACCAUGCC